AGCCGAAGAAGAAGGCCUCUCUGUCUAACAAGGAUAGUUGUGAAACAUCCUACAGAUGAUGAACCUGUGACAUGUUCAUGUGUUGUGUUCAGUGUCAAUAAGAGUUUCUAAUCGUCGGUGACUCGCGGUUGUUGCGGUCCAGAAGAAGAAGGAAUCUAAUUUUUGGGCAGCGUGAAGAAAUGAGCUCGGUCAGACAGGAAGGUAAAGACAGAAUCAUCUUUGUCACCAAAGAGGAUCAUGCAGCACCCAGCAGUGCUGAGCUUGUAGAGGAGGAUCCCAAUGACCCAUAUGAGCAGCAAGGUCUGAUUCUUCCCAGUGGGGAGAUCAACUGGAACUGCCCCUGCUUGGGUGGGAUGGCCAGCGGUCCCUGUGGGACUGAAUUUAAAGAAGCUUUCUCCUGUUUCCACUAUAGUAAGGAGGAGGUGAAGGGCUCUGACUGCCUGGAGCAGUUCAGCGCAAUGCAGGAGUGUAUGCAACGUUACCCAGAGCUCUAUCCACAAGAAGAUGAUAAAUCCAGCCAGGAUUCAAAAGACUCUGAAUCUGUAUCUACUGAAACUUCAGGUGCAAACUCAACCUCUGACCCUGAGCAGGACUCUGAUACCACACAACAGCCCAAUACAGAGAGCUCAGGAGAAAGCUAAUAGUGAGAUUCAGUGGCAAUGUAAGCCACAUCGUCAUUAUUCAGCUUAGACAACCUUUUAUUGAGAAGAAAUAUUGCAUUUAUAUUUUUUAAAUUAUUUGUCAUUAGCUCCUUUUCCUAAGGCUGUUUUUGAAAAUGUUAGAAACAUUUGUUUUCCUCCCAGCUGCUGCAGUGGUGUGUUGGUGUGAACAGAAUAACUGGCAAGGAAGGGAGGGACACAAAUAAUAAUAAUGAAAAAAGCCUGGCAGCAUAGCUUAAAAGCAUUUCUUGAAGAAUAUAUGGUGUAAUUUGAAGUUACUCGAUUAGCUGUAUGCAAAUAAAGUUCAAUCUCAAAGAGUGAAUUAUUCAAAAUAUUUGUAAACCAAGUGUUUAUUGGACCAAACUUAUUACAUUGAGAUACAGUGUUUAUUUUUUUACUACAGGUCUAAUUAUCCUUUCUGUGUUUAAUUCACAACAAUGUCAGAGACAUUUUUUUUUUUAUUUCUAUUCUCGUAUCUUUUUUCUGAAGAUGUACAGAACACUGUGCUUCAUUUUUUUACAUGUUCUACAAAGUUUAAAACUAGUAAUAAUUCUUUAGUGUGGUAUAACUGAAGAAUAUUCUUGUAUCUUUGAAGUGUGGAAUCUUUAGUAGCAUGUUUCCACUGUUGCCCUCUGUCCUGCACGGCAACUUGACUAAUUUAUAACCAGACUUGAAACAUUUACCUCAGCUGAUCUUGACUCCACCAUUAGUGUGCAGCACCGGAGUGACUAGAGCGAAUACUGCUGAAAGUUUUAUAAUAAAAUAUUAUACCUGUCUGA